CAGCGCUUUAAACAAAAUGUAUGAAAACUCAUAACAUCACGCAUUCAUAAUGGUAGUGCGUGGAAGACCAUAUAUUGGAGAGUUACAGGCAUGUAGAAGAAUUUCUUUUGUGAAUUUGAUGGAUGGACCGAAGGGCGUAAUCUGGAGCUAAACAUAGCCAGGUAAACAAGCAGGCGUGAGGGGCCGCCACCCCAUGCUACGCUCGGCACUAGGCACUGGGAGUCUGAGCUGAGCUGUAUUGCUGCCGAGUUGCUUCCUCUGAAGUCCUCUUCAGGAAGUCUGCUUUUGUUAACGAGUUGAUCAGUUAUGUCAAGAAAGAAAGCGUCACCAUUUCAACUUACAGAGGAAUCUCGUCAAGUGAGGCGAAAGCAAAUAUUUGGGAUACUUGUGUCUGCAACUUUGUACCCUCCAAUGCCACCAUUGGUACAGCACCCCCGCGGCCAUCCAGGAGUUCACAGGUGCCUUAUCCCGCAGGUACAUACUGGAAGUGGGAACAGACGCAAGCAUGAACGAGAGCAGUGCUGAGGCGCCGCCAAGUCGGGCUGACUUCCUCGCCCUCAGGCACAUGCUUCUCAACGCCCUGCAGAAGAGGUGCUCCAACCUGACGGAGGCUGUGGUGGCUGAAGUGCGUGCCUUGCUGCAACCCAACACCACCCAGGGCCCUCCUCAGGCUAAGUCGGAGGACUCCUUGGCGGUGCUGUACAUCGUGUUCGUGCUGCUCUUCUUCGCCGCCUCCCUGCUCGUGCUGCUCGUCAAGUACCUCAGGCGGGAGCGGGAGUCCACGCGCCUGCAGAAGUUUUACGAAGACUACCUCGUAAACACACAGUCAAGCGCGGUGGUUCACUACGACACUCACGGACGUCGCCUUCAACCCACCACGCCUGAGUCUCCCCACCCGUCAUCCCCCACCUGGACGCCAUCCCUCACGCCUCCCACCACGCCCAUCGACGCCGUCUCCCUCACCCUUCCCAGAGAACUCAUUGAACACGAAUUCUAACACACAAUGAUAUAUACUGACUCGUGUAUUGGUUGAUUUCUGCGCGUCACAAACUCGGAUAGACAAAAGCAAUUCGUUCAUUCCACUGCUUUAGAAAUAUUGAGUGGAAAGUGACGGCGGACAGUGGACCCAUGGUGGCCUCCGUGGAGAGAUUCGGGGCGUUGUGUGCCCUUGUGACUGCUGUGCAUCUUUCUAGUUCUGCAGGAGGCCAAGAACCUUGACUCUGGUUACUGCAGUAAUGUACAUUAUACAGUAUACUUGAGGUCGUUGUUUGAUAGUUUUAAUAAUGUUAGUUAAAUGAGAAAAGUCUUUGUGGUGUGUUCUAGUCUGAGAAGGCAAGAAGUUACGUUCUCGGUGGCUGUCCGCACACAGGAGACAAGGCUAAGAAAGUAAUAGGAAACAUUCCCUGAAAUGUUUAUUCAGAGCGUAGUAAUACAUCGUUUGUAAACUACCCAGAGUAAUGCAUCUGAAUAAGGAGAGUGUUUAUCACCGGAAAAUUUCCUGCUCGACAUCACAGGUAUUCAUAUUGUAAACAUUCAAUAAAAGUCAUAGAAAAACAUCUUUCCUGUACUCAAGUAUCUCUAUCUGAGGUCAGUGUACGAUUAGGAAUUAAGAGUGUUGCUGCUGCUGCUGAUGGUCUGGGUUUCCUGGGUUAGCGGUGAGUGAGGCUGAGCGAGCAAGGUACUGCUCCUUGCUGUAGCAGGCGGUCUCGUCCUGCAUGCAGUACUGGGGCUGGAUGGGGUCAGCUCGGACGCCGAGGUCUACCAUGCGCUUGCGGUGGAUGUUGAUGCGUUUUGCACUGGUGUCCUCACCGUGGUUGGGGAUGGGGUCAGUCCACAGCCUCUCGGCCAAUGCAGCAACGCGUGGCCAAGCCUUGGCCUGGAACCCAUUGGCGUCAGUGUCAAAGCUCCACAGUGUAGCUUCUCCUCCCAGCACCUGCUCUUUGAUGGGGUUGACCUGGCCACUCCUGAGCUGGCCGCUGCGGGCGCUGCUCACUCCCAGGUUCUCGAGCAUAUCAAGGGGACUGUUAUCAUAGAAGCUCCUCCAUGUGGGGAUCUCCGUCUUGCAGCUCUCGGCCUUCUCUCCGUAGAAGUUGUUACCAAUGCAGUCCAGUCGCCAUUGGUCCUGGUUGGAGAAGAUGACCUUGAAUCCUUGGUUGAUGUACUUGAUCAUCUCUUCAUCGUUGGCAUCCAUGUUGAGCUGCACGACGUAAGAAUCUUUGUCGGCGUAGUUGAGAGCAUAGCUGGAAGCGUGGAUGAUAGGGGUGACGCUGCGGUAAGGGCCUGAUGCCUCCCUCAGCUUGGAGUAAGCGUUCUGCUGGUACGUGUUCCACAGCUCGAAGAACUCUUGGCUGACGGCUUCACGGCCGUUAGCAGCAAGGUAUUCCUUGAUUUCUUCGGAGUUCUGCCAGCACUUGAAGCUCAC